AAAGACGGCGGCCCCUCCCGUGGUCCCCUCCCUCCUGCCCACUCGGCGCCGACUCUCGGCGGUCAAGACCCGGAGCCUCCUCGGGACGUGUCCGGAGAGGGCGCCCCGCGUGCGCUCGGGGUCAGGAUGUCAGGGAGCAUGGGUGCUGCCAAGAUGCUCCGAAGCUCCUGUUCUGCCCUCCUGCUCUGGGGGCUCCUGGGGACCCUGCAUGCUCAGCAGCAGGAGGUCAUACAGCCGGACACCUCAGAGAGAAACAGCUGCCCAGAGAAAACCGACUGCCCCAUCAACGUGUACUUUGUGCUGGACACCUCGGAGAGCGUCACCAUGCAGUCCCCCACAGACAGCCUGCUCUACCACAUGCAGCAGUUUGUGCCACAGUUCACCAGCCAGCUGCAGGACGAGCUGUACCUGGACCAGGUGGCCCUGAGCUGGCGCUACGGCGGCCUGCACUUCUCCGACCAGGUGGAGGUGUUCAGCCAGCCAGGCAGCGACCGGGCCUCUUUCAUCAGGGGCCUGAAUGGCAUCCGCUCCUUCCGUCGCGGCACCUUUACCGACUGUGCGCUGGGCAACAUGACGAAGGAGAUCCGGCAGCACGUGGCCAAGGGCGUGGUCAACUUCGCGGUGGUCAUCACCGACGGCCAUGUCACUGGCAGCCCGUGUGGUGGCAUCAAGCUGCAGGCUGAGCGGGCCCGCGAAGAGGGCAUCCGGCUCUUCGCUGUGUCCCCCAACCAGAACCUGAACGAGCAGGGCCUGCGCGACAUCGCCAGCACGCCCCACGAGCUCUACCGCAGCAACUACGCCACCAUGCGGCCAGACUCCACCGAGAUCGACCAGGAUACCAUCAACCGCAUCAUCAAGGUCAUGAAACAUGAAGCCUAUGGAGAGUGCUACAAGGUGAGCUGUCUGGAGAUCCCCGGGCCGCCCGGCCCCAAAGGCUACCGCGGACAGAAGGGUGCCAAGGGCAACAUGGGCGAGCCUGGAGAGCCCGGACAGAAGGGACGACAGGGGGAUCCGGGAAUUGAAGGCCCCAUCGGAUUCCCAGGACCGAAGGGUGUUCCUGGUUUCAAAGGAGAAAAGGGAGAAUUCGGAGCUGAUGGGCGGAAGGGUGCCCCAGGCCUGCCCGGCAAGAAUGGGACCGACGGACAGAAGGGCAAGCUGGGGCGCAUUGGACCUCCUGGCUGCAAGGGAGACCCCGGGAGUCGGGGCCCUGAUGGCUACCCAGGGGACGCCGGCAGCCCCGGGGAGCCCGGAGACCGAGGUGCCAAGGGAGACGCUGGCCGCCCAGGACUCAGAGGGCCCCCAGGAGACAACGGGGCCAAGGGAAGCAAGGGCUACCCAGGCAACGACGGAGCCCCAGGAAGUUCUGGCAUGAAAGGAGCCAAAGGAGGACCUGGGCCCCGAGGACCCAAAGGCGAGCCCGGGCGCAGGGGAGACCCUGGAGCCAAGGGCAGCCCAGGCAGCGCGGGCCCCAAAGGUGAGAAGGGUGACCCUGGCUUAGAGGGGCCCCGGGGCCUGCCUGGGGAGAUCGGCAGCAAAGGAGCCAAGGGAGACCGAGGCAUGCCUGGACCCAGAGGUCCCCAGGGAGCUCUCGGGGAGCCAGGGAAGCAGGGAUCUCGGGGAGACCUCGGUGAUGCUGGUCCCCGUGGAGAAUCGGGACAGCCUGGCCCGAAGGGAGACCCCGGCAGGCCUGGACUCAGCUACCCAGGACCCCGAGGACUGCCUGGAGACAAAGGCGAGCCAGGCCCCCGUGGCCCCGAGGGGGGCAGAGGUGACUUCGGAAUGAAAGGAGCACCGGGGCAGAAAGGAGAGAAGGGCGAAACUGCAGACCCUGGUCCCCCUGGUGAGCCAGGCCCUCGGGGGGCAAGAGGAGACCCAGGACCUGAGGGAGAGCCCGGCCCCCCUGGAGACCCCGGCCUCACGGAGUGCGACGUCAUGACCUACGUGCGGGAGACAUGCGGGUGCUGCGACUGUGAGAAGAGGUGUGGCGCCCUGGAUGUGGUGUUCGUCAUCGACAGCUCUGAGAGCAUCGGCUACACCAACUUCACACUGGAGAAGAACUUCGUUAUCAACGUGGUCAACAGGCUGGGGGCCAUUGCCAAGGACCCCAAGUCCGAGACAGGGACCCGAGUCGGCGUCGUGCAGUACAGCCACGAGGGCACCUUCGAGGCAAUCCAGCUGGACGAUGAGCGCAUCGACUCACUGUCCAGCUUCAAGGAGGCCGUCAAGAACCUUGAAUGGAUCGCAGGCGGCACCUGGACACCCUCAGCCCUCAAGUUCGCCUACAACAAGCUAAUCAAAGAAAGCCGGCGCAAAAAGACCCGUGUGUUUGCGGUGGUCAUCACGGACGGCCGACACGACCCCCGGGAUGACGACCUCAACCUGCAGGCGCUGUGCCAGCAUGAUGUCACAGUGACAGCCAUCGGCAUCGGGGACAUGUUCCACGAGAAGCACGAGAGUGAGAACCUCUACUCCAUUGCGUGUAACAAGCCCCAGCAGGUGCGCAACAUGACACUCUUCUCUGACCUGGUGGCUGAGAAGUUCAUCGACGACAUGGAGGACGUCCUGUGCCCGGAUCCCCAGAUCGUGUGCCCGGAACUUCCCUGCCAAACAGAUGGACCGCGGACUGGCGAUGCGCCCCCGGUCACCUUCCUCCGCACGGAAGAGGGCCCGGACGCCUCCUUCCCCACGACCAUCCCCCAGAUCCAACAGUUGCUAAACGCCACGGAGCUCACGCAGGACCCGGCUGCCUACUCCAGGCUGGUGGCCGUGCUGGUCUACACCGCUGAGCGGGCCAAGUUCGCCACUGGAGGCGAGCGGCAGGAAUGGAUGGAACUGUUCAUUGACACUUUUAAGCUGGUGCAUAGGGACAUUGUGGGCGACCCUGAGACCGCACUGGCACUCUGCUGAAGCCACAGGGCUGCCGAUGCUCAGAGAGGCCAGAGCUGCCCCCACGGGACCGCAUUUGCUCCCUGGGCUGCCCGCUGUGCACUAGGGGUCAUGACAACAGGAGUCUCUCAGUCUGGAGGUCAGACACCAAAAUCAAGGUGUCGGCAGGGCCACACUCCCUCCAGGCGCUGCUGGGAGGGCCUUCCUGCCCCUCCUAGCUCCUAGUCGCCUGCAUGGUCACAUGGCCUCCUUUCUGUAGCCUAACUCCUCCUCUGCCUCCCUUAUAAGGACACAGGGGGCAUUUAGGGUCAACCAGGUAACCCUGAGCAAUCUCCCACCUCAAAAUCUUAAUUUAGUCCUAUCUGCAAAGCCUUAUUUCCCUGUAUAAGGUCACAUUUGCAGGCUUCGAGAUUAGGAUAUAGGCAUUUUAGGAGGACAGUAUUCAGCCAACCCCACCUCCCCCAGUCCAGCUGAGCUGUCUAACAUGUUUUGGGGUUGUAAGAAUCACCCAUGAGGGCAAACCUGUCAAAGCCACCAGCUGACAGACUGAAGAGCAACCACAGACACCACCUCCUCAUCCUCCACCUGCCGCAGGCCCUCAGGGAACCACAGGGGCAGCCCAUCUCAAAGGCAUGCUCAGACCCCUGGGGCCCACUCCCUAGAAGCCGGGUUAAUACAGAGGAGCCCUUGUCCUGGGCUGGUGCCCCUGAACCCUCUCCUGUCUGCCCCCAGGCCCUGUUCCCGUAGGCGGGGUCUUACCUCCCUGCUGCACAGGCUCCCUGCCAUGGGUGGGGGUCAGUGGGGGAAAGAAGGGGAGGAGCAGAGCCCUCUGGCCACCCCAACAGGCUUGGCUCAGCCUCCGGCCUCUAUGCCCAGUCACCCCUUGUUGAGGAAAACUUCCCCCAAACCAACCCCGUCCCCACAUGUCCAUAUGCUUGUAGUACUGGAAGUCAGAGCAUUCAGAGAACCUGUGUGCGUUUCAAACAGAAGCUGCUCUUCAUUUGCACUGCCAUUAAAAUAAGCUAUGUCCUUAACAAGCUCCUUAAAAAAGCAUCCUGUCUGCUGGCGUCUGGCACCUCGUAGCAACACACCCCGGUCAGAGUGUCCUGUAGAUGUGAGCACAUCUUAA